AUGCAUUCACUUGCUGCAAUUGAUUGUGUCACUAGCACUGUUCCACCAAUGUGCGACUCCAGUGACUGUCCAUAUCCAUCGCCUAUCCAGUCUCCACAGUCAGUCACAAAACCUUCAACUCAAGACUUGUCUUUGACCAUCACUCAUUCUCAGAUGCAGUCCUACAGCACUAUUCCACACAAAGAACAUAUCGAUCUGACUACUGAUAACUGGCAUUCCUUUGGCCACUGCAGUACGAAUGAUUCUGACAACAUUGCUUUAAUGCUCACGGUUUCCCCAAAACAAGCUGGCAACGAUGCCAGCUUGUUGCCAUUUCCGUCCAUGGUGAAUGGCAAGUCGAUCUUUGAAUCGGAAUGUUCCAAUUCUACACUCCACACUACUGGUAUCGAUAUAACAAAAAAAGCAUUGGACGUAUCUAUCCCUGCAUUGCCAAAUAUUGCUAUAAUUCCAACGGCACAGAUUGAGUCAUCUAAUGUUGAAGCUUUUUCGACCUCUGCAACAGUAUCCAGGCGCAAGCAGAACAAGCCUGCACGAUCCAUUGCAAGAUCCUCGAGUGCCAUGAUGUCGGCUACUCAAAAUUAUCGCAUUGUACAGCUGGAUGUCUACGAUGCCUUCAAAACAAAUCCCAAACAGCUGUUAUCUACUCCGCCCAUCAACAAUCCUUCCGGUAUGUCCAAUGACACCGUUACUUCUAGUACUACCACUGAUGGAUUACCAUCUGCAUGGCAUCGUCUUCAAGUUGCCAUUCUCCCAUCCGAGUCUAGCAAGCCUCUCCGUCUUACCAAUACGAUGGCUAGACAUUACCGUUUCCGCCGUUUUGGUCAUCAUUUCUCUUCUAUUGCGUCCACUCCAAAAACUUUUGGCUCCACUUGCUUAUCUCGAUCCAUUGCACAGACCGUUGCUUCUUGUGGUCUUUGGAGAUCCAACCUUGCGUCCAAAGCCCCUGGUCCAUCUUUACCCAAUACGUUGUCUACACCUGUCCAUCUACCAACCCCUGCAUCAUCUUCAAAACCAUCCUUUUCUGCCUCGGUUGCUUUGGAUUCGACUCUUAAGCGUCCUUUGGCAACCAUAUCACCCGUCUCAUCCCCUGUUGUCUCAACUACACCUAAAAACAACUCUCUAGCUGCUCCAAAUCGUGUCAAGCCUGUAGUAGCUACCUUGUCUACAAAAACCCGAGCUUCGGUCAAAGAAUCCAGCCCAACCGAUGGCUUUAAAAAAUUGACUGGUGCUACAGUCAAGCGUCGCUCCAGUAUUGCAUCCCGUCAGCCAAAGCCGAUCCCUAAUUUUCUUGCUAAUCUUGGCGUGGAUACCAGUGUUUUUAACAAUUCCGAAUUCUCGGAAACCAAAGGUGCUCCCGUUGUAUUUUGGAAAACUGGCUCGCAACCCUUGAAGUUUCCAUCUGGCUUAUCUAUGGCAGAUGAACUUACCAAAGAAGAGCUACAGACGUGUGCUACCUUGCGUAUCUACCCUGAUGUCUAUUACAAUAUCAAAAAAACUAUGCUACAAGCCGUUGCCUACUAUGGCCCCUUUAAAAAGCGUGAAGCACAGACAUGGUUUCGUAUCGAUGUCAACAAGGCAUGUAUCUGCAUCAUUUACGACUGGUUCAAGAGUUUAGGAUGGAUCCCAAACGAUGGUGAGUGGGCAACCGCACCUCUCACUUCUCAAAAUCCUACUGCAAGUACUACAAUCCCCACGGUACUCGAUCUCAAAAACUCGAAUGCUUCAUUAUUCAAAAAAAAUAGGUCAGCAGCAUCAUCCAAGCGCAAUCUUCCACCCAUCAAUACUGCCUGCAUUGAUAGAAAGGCUUCAUCAAUUGAAUCUAUUCCAUUGACAAGCGCUACAUUCCUGUUUGCAACUCCCAUAUCUGCUGUUUUGAAUCAAGAGCCUUUUUCUGGUAAAUCUAGUCCUGAUCUACUUACUUCAGAUGCAAAGCGUAUUCGUACUCUGUAA